AUGCGCGUCGUCACUGCGCAGACCCUAGCCCUGGCCCUCGCGGCUAUCCCGGGGAGUCUGGCGUUUCCAUCCAGCACCACCGUCCAGAAGAGAGCCUUCCAGUGGGACGAGACGAAAUAUCUAAUCGCCUUCGGCGACUCGUACUCCUACGUGCAGGGAACACAUGGACUUCAGAACUAUAGCUUCAUCGGGGAUCUGCAGGACUUCGCGUAUGAUCCACAGACCCUGCUCACGGACAAGAUUGUUCAGAACCAGACUGGGACCGCAGAAGGAGGCCCCAACUGGGUAGAAUUCCUGACCGGCUGCGGUGUCGAAGAGGGAGUCAUCUCGCCUUUCGACUGCGAUAGACAGCUCUGGGACUUUGCGUUUGCGGGAUCGGAUAUCUCAGUUGCCUACACGCCCCUCCACCACAACUUCACCGUAUCCCUCGUGAACCAAGUCAAACAAUUCGCCACCUACGGCCAACCCGUCCUCACACAUACCAUCGAGCAGCCCCAAACCCUCAUCUCCAUCUGGAUCGGCAUCAACGACAUCGGCGACAGCGCCAAAUACUCCGUCGACUUCCCGACCUUCUACAACUCGCUAAUGGACACGCUCUUUUCCUCCGUGCAAACCAUCUACUCGCUCGGCUACCGCUCCUACCUCUUCAUGAACCUGCCCCCGCUGGACCUCCGACCCGGGAACCUCGGCAGCGCCGAUCCCAGCCCCAACGCCACGCAGAUCGCGUGGUACAACGAGGCCUUGGCCCAGCACGCCGCCGCCUUCAACGCCAAUCACCCAGACACGAACGUGCUCGUCUUCGACGCUCACGCCGAGCUCAGCUAUAUCCUGGAGCAUCCGGGCCAGUUCGGGAUCGUGAACACGACGGAUUUCUGUGCGGGCUAUGAUCAGCCGGAUAUCGAGUGGAAUUAUCAGGCGUAUGGGUGUCCGACGCCGCUGAGUACCUAUUUCUGGUAUAAUUCGGGCCAUAUGACGAGCCAUGUGCAUGAGAUUUUGGCGGGCGCGGUGAGGGAUAAGUUGGGGGGAUGGUCGGGAAUCUAA